AUGCGACCAAGACUUCUCUCCACCUCUCUUCUUGACUCUUCUGGGCAGAUUACGCAUGUCCGUUUCACCCAGGGUCCGGAGAGUCUGGGCCAGCUAGCAAUCCUGGCACUGGAGUGUCUGGACCAUCUCCGAAACACUCACUCGAAAUCAUAUAAGUCAACUUACCCCCGCCACUAUCACAAGCAAAUCCAUCAAAAUCUCGACACAAACACCCUUAUACCCUCGAGAUAUCUCAGUGGCUCUUCCAACCGACGAAGAACAUAUGGACGAAACGCUGCAGUAGAUGGAUAUGACGAUGGAAGCCAAGAUCGACAAAUUUCCCGGUCCAUCUGCUCUCGCCCUUUUAGGUCUAGCCGCAGACCGCCGUGUCUAGAGCGACAAGAUGCCUUUGUUGACACAAGAACACGUAAAGAUCGCCAGAUCCAAAUACGUAACCUGGUCAAUGAUGGAGGAACUUGCCCUGUGCGCCACCAGUUCAAGGGAGCUCACACGCAUGGGCUCGUCAUCAUCAAUGGCAUCGUGGUGCUUCAAGAGGAGGCAAUGCUGCCAAGAUGGCUUGAUGUCGGAGCUACGCAACCCCUGGGAAAACGAAGAAGGGGUUUGAUACCGGAAGACUUUGCCGAUGAGUGCGAGGUGAAGAAAAAGAAAAGAAGUGGUGUCAGGAACCGCGGAAAUCCCGAGCAAUCCUCCGAUUUGGGGUCUGCGUGCGACGCCGCCGAGAACAGCAAUUGA